AUGUCAAAGCUCUACCAGGACAUCAGUCGAAAGCCGUCAUACUGGGACCGGAAGAGCGGUGAGUUGUACUCACGCACCGUCAAGCCAUCAAGUCCGCAGGCAUGGUUUGAGGCGUUGGCGGUGUCGACAGUGCUGUAUAUCGGUAACCUGCCUUUUGACAUAACGGAGGAACAGUUGUUCGAGCACUUUUCAAGAGCAGGGAACAUCAUUCGGUUAGUAAUUGGGCUGAAUCAAAAGGAAAGGUCGGGUUGUGGGUUCGCGUUCGUCCAGUACGCGAACCACCAACAGGCGAGCUUUGCCCACACGCUCCUGAACGGAUCCACCCUCGGGGACCGCAUCAUUCGAUGCGACUGGGAUUCAGGGAAAGGCAUUAUGGGAGACCGGAAGUUCGGGCGGGGUGAGUCCGGCAUGCAGGUCCGAGACGACCUCAUGAACAAAGCGUACGACUAG